CAUAGUUUUGAAAGGGAUUGUUUGUGUCUGUUGUUCCUUUUGUUUUUUUGUAUUCAAAUGCAUUCUAUUUUUUAUAUUACAUGAUAUUUUAAUAAACUACAUUUACAAAGAGUGUCCUCGUGCAUCACGUGUCGGAACUGUGAAUUAUUUGUUAGCAAGAGGCUUCGUCUGCAGUGUUUGUUUCUAAUUUGACAUGAAAAUUCUAUUCAAAUGUUUUUUCUCCUUGUAUUGUUCUCAACUCCCAAAUGUGUGUCUGUGUUUUCACUAGAGCAGGAGGGAUAUACGUUGUGUUGGCACAACCCUGCUGGAGUCAGGUUACGUGUGUUGAUGGAGCCGGGACAUCGCGACGAGUAAAGGCACCGACCUGGUCCCACAAUGAUCUUCACGACAGAGCAGGUGGCUUGUGUGUGCGAGGUCCUGCUGCAGAGUGGGUGCAUGGAUCGCCUGGCUGGCUUCCUCCGCACUCUCCCUCCGCUCUCCCCCUCCUCCUCCUCCUCCUCCUUCUCUCCGUGCCUUUGGGAGCUGGAGAGCGUUCUGAAGGCUAAAGCGGCGGUGGCCUUUCACCGGGGGUGCUUCUCUGACCUCUACACCCUGCUCCAGGGCUUCCCUUUCUCGCCGCGCAGCCAGCCGCUGCUGCAGCAGCUGUGGCUCCGAGCGCACUACACCGAGGCGGAGAGGCAGCGGGGCCGGCCCCUGGGGGCCGUGGGCAAGUACCGCAUCAGGAGAAAGUUCCCUCUACCACACACCAUCUGGGAUGGAGAGGAGACCAGCUACUGCUUCAAAGAAAAGUCGCGGAGCGUCCUGCGGGAGUGGUACCGCCUGAAGCCUUAUCCCUCCACACGGGAGAAGCGGGAGCUCGCGGCGGCCACAGGCCUGACGACCACACAGGUCAGCAACUGGUUCAAGAACCGCCGGCAGAGGGACCGGACGGCCGACAGCAGCAGCUUCGUUCCAGCUGGAGGAGUCUCAGGACGCAACCUGUCGCCUCCACGCAGCCCCCAGUACUGGUGCCCCCCGCCCCUCUCACACUCGCCACCUCCACUGCGUCACAUUAGCUGAAGCCUCCUCUGAGUCCCCACUUUGAAUUGUUCAUUUGUGGCUCCUGUUUCUUCUUUGAUUGCUUUUUGUGCCUUUGCAAGUAAAUUUUAUUAUAAGAGCAUGGUUUGCACAAUGAAUUCAACGCACAGAGAACACCACACAAAGGUCAUUGAAAUCAAGCAUCACAAGGUUGAAUGUACUGUAAGUCAACAAACCAGUUCAUCAGAGUCUUUGUUUUUCUUACACCCAAUUAGACACAAAGACCUUUUUAAAGCGCAGGUUCUUCAGCUUGUUUAACGGAUUAAAGGGUGGGGCGAAGAUGGCAACGCGUUCAGUGUUUAGGACUUACAUAUUGCAUUAAAUUCAAAAAACAAUAAAAUUUAAACUGAACAAAAA